AUGAAAAAGCGUAAAGAUUGUAAAACAGUUUUAUCUAGAUCAUAUUAUUUGGUAGGGGCACUUUGCUUCAUUGGUUUAUAGUACUACUUGUUUGUAUUUUAGUUUAUGAGAGAUAGAUUUUAAUUCUACUCAGCAUCAACUGUGACCAUCCUCUUCUUCUUUCAUGUCCUGUUUUUUCUUUUGCUUUGGUCUAUGUUUUAAUCUAUUACCAGUGACCCUGGCAAGGUACCAUUGUAUUGGGGAGUAAUCAUGGAUGACCCUGAAACUAAAAAGCGUAGAUAUUGUCUGAUUUGCCAUUAAUUUAAGCCAGAAAGAUCACACCAUUGUUCCACUUGCGAGCGCUGUGUUUUAAAUAUGGAUCAUCACUGCCCAUGGAUUAUGAACUGUAUAGGUUUUCACAAUAGAAAAUUCUUUAUCCUAAUGGUUUUUUACAUUUCUUUAACUAUAAUCUAUGUAAUAACAUUUGAGAUCUUGUUUGCUGUUGAUAUAGUCCGUUUUUAUUUAAACGAUUUCACAUUACCGAAUCUGAUAUUUAAAGGCUUGGCUAUUAUAGUUACACUAUUGUUUGCAAGUGUGAUUAUCAAUUUCUUCCACUUCCAUAUUUAACUACUUUUACAUAAUACAACGACAAUAGAAACUAUGGAAAAAUAAAAGAAUGAAUAAUAAGGAUAGCCUGUUUAAAAAGAAAAUCCAUUUGAUUAUGGAUAUAAAUAUAAUUGGUAUUAAGUAUUUGGAUUGAAUCCUUAUCUAUGGCUCUUUCCAAUAUUUGGGCAAUCAGGUAAACCUCUGGGUGAUGGUGUUACUUGGGAUAGAUUCCCUAUGUAAUAUUACAUAUAAGACCAUAAUCCUAAUAUGGUAACUUUGUAAUAAAGGCAAAAUAAUUCUUAAGCUAUAAUUAGUAAUAAUAUUUGA